GGAGUGCUAGUAGUGGUUAGCUUCACAGUCACACUCAUGCUGCUACCCGAUCAUGUCCAACCAUCCACCAUUUGAUCCAUAUGCAUACCAUCCAACUUCUUCCAGCUUGAAGAGUUUCUCAUUUGAUUUCGACUAACUUACACAAGUAAACCCAUAUUCACAUUCACAUUCACAUUCACAUUUCUCAUUCACGUUACCCCUCCAUUUCACAGGCCAAAAUUCGACUCAGCUGCUCUUUAUUUCAUUUUACGAAGUCACACGAACAUUUCUAUUUGGCGAGAAUCAAUCUGGUUGAUCAAUACGACGUCGGUAGACGAAGAUAGCUCAGGUAAUCAAUCUUACUUUGGGAAAUAUACUCGAGUAUAUGUAACAGCGUGCUUGGUCACCUUGUUUUCCAAUUUCUUCCAUCUUCCAUCGUCCAUCGUCCAUCUCCAACAUCCACAUCAACAUCCACAUCCACAUCCACAUCUACAUCUUCAUCUACGUCUGCAGCCACAGCUUUCUUCCCCUUCCAAAGCCCAACCAACCCUUAUGAGAUAGCUUGCUUUCAUUAGGUACCGAACCAUACCAUACUCGGAAAACACUCACCCCGACCCCUUGAAUAAAAGAAAGUGGGUGGCAAGGCAAGUUCCAUCACCAUUACCGGUCGGGACAAGAAAACACAACAAAUAAAUCAAGUUAAAAUCCCAAUCCAUUUUCCAAUCUAUUCCAUCGCAAUCCCAUCUUCAACAUCGCAACCACACACAAAACCAUUUCUUCGACACAUUACCGAAAACUUUUAUAGUCAUGGCUGCUACUAUGUCUUCCUCAGAAGCACAGGUUCUUCACAGUCCUCCAAGUCCUACGGCAAAGCGUCCUAAAGGCAUUCUCAAAAACUCCUUCCACCGCUCUCCUCCCUUCCAAGCCCCCAUAACCACCUCGGCCCCUCCCAUCACCUCUCCCAAACACGUCGCUGUCCCCAGCACCCCCACCACAUCCGCCAUCUCAGACCACGACGUCACCCUCCAAAACACGCUUCAAAACGCCGGACAACGCCGCUCCUCUUCCGCCAGCCGUCCCAUCCGACGUUCCUCGUCCGGAUCCACAUACAACAACCAUGACGAUUCGAAUAACAUGCGUCUGCAAUGGGACGAAGCGAAUCUCUAUUUGACAGAGCAGGAAAAGAGUUCCACGAUGAAGAUCAACGAGCCCAAAACACCGUAUGCGAAACACUACGAUCCGGCCGAGGAUGCGGAUGAGAUCCGCACGAUUGACGCGGGGGACAUAGUGGUGGAUGAGCUUGACAAGGUGAAGGGAGGAUACAAGCGGAAUCAUCAACGGGAUGAGGAAAUCCCCGGAUUGAGUUUGGGAGAGCCUGAAGAAGCGGUUCCGGAACGGGAAGUGGAGAUGGGAGAGGGAGAGGAGAAGAAGGUUCAUGUGGCGGGGGAGAAUGGACGGGAUGCGGAUGCGGAAAUGCUGGGGAUGACGGAGGAGGAGAGGGAGAAACAUGAGAAGUUUGAGGCGAUGAGGAGGAAGCAUUAUGAUAUGGCGAAUGUGGCGGGGCUUUUGGGACACCCGGAGGAUAUAGAUGAUGAUGAGGAGAUGAGAUGAGAUGGGGGGGGGGGAGAUACAUUGACGCGAUGUGAUGUGGUGUGAUGUGAUGCAAAUACAUGAAUUUAUGAGAAUGGAUGGAUGGAUGGAUGGAUGGAUGCACGAUACGAAUUUUACGGUUAUGGACAUGGACACGGAUAUGAUUAAUGGCAUUUUGGGCGAGAGGAGUGAAGGGAAGAAGGGUUAGCAUUCACCUUUACCUUUACCUCUUUUUUUCUUCUUUUUUUUUACUCGCGACGUGGGCGUCAUUCUGUAGGUACCUGGUAGUUUUUACAUAUGCUAUUAUACA